GCGCGGUGAAACGGCCCAGCGAGCAGCGCGACAACAGCUGGCCACGACAGCUGCAACAAUGUCUUCGUCCUCAGCGGUCGUCGAUCUGAACGUGGGCGGCACCGCGUACAGCGCGUCGCGCGAGACCCUGUCCCGCUGCCCCGUGCUCGGCGAGCUGCUCGACAGCGGCCCUCGUGACUCGCAGGGCCGUGUCUUCGUUGACAGGGACGGUGCUCUGUUCCGCUUCAUCCUGGACUUCCUUCGGUCGGGCCGCCUGCUGCUGCCCGAGGAGUUCCGCGAACUGGCAAGGCUCAAGGCCGAGGCCAAGCACUUCCGCCUCGAUGCCCUGGUCACCUGCCUGUCGGCCACGUCGGAUGUGCCACCGCCGUUCCCGGGCCAGCCGGGCUACAUCACGCUCGGCUACCGUGGGACGUUCGCGUUCGGCCGCGACGGCCUGGCGGACGUCAAGUUCCGCAAGCUGACGCGCAUCCUCAUUUGCGGCAAGGUGACCAUGUGCCGCGAAGUGUUCGGCGACACGCUGAACGAGUCGCGCGAUCCCGACCGCGGCCAGGACGACCGGUACACGUCGCGCUUCUUCCUCAAGCACAACUCCCUGGAGCAGGCGUUCGACUGCCUCCAGGAGUCGCGGUUCCGCUGCGUGUGCGCCUGCGGCACCAGCACCUCGUGCGGGGGCGGGAACGAGCCGCUCAAGCCGGGCGUCGACUCCGAGGAGAACCGCUGGAACCACUACAAUGAGUUUGUGUUUGUGCGCCCCUAAGGAACACUGGAGGGAGAGAGUGUGUCCAGGAGCGAAGGCGUUCUGCGCAGUUGGGUCACAGUGACGGCGCCGGCCGAUUUCCCGACCAACGGAGCAUAUCAUUUGUCUUUUAGAGACAGUUCCGCCUGUUGCGCCUUUCACGGUCGCCAGCACGUGGUGCAAUGUCGAAUGGUAGCUCUUUCAUUGCUUUAUCGGGUGGAUACUACUCCGUCGAACACGAUAUUUUAUUGUCUCUGGUUCCAACAAAUUGGUGGUUGAUCGAGUGAUUCGUGUUAGUGGUGCAACCAGUAUCCAUGUGAACGAGCUGUCUUUUGAACGACCUAACUCUCAUGCUGAUCUUUCUAACAGGAGAGCUAAUGUUAUCUUGAAUACUCUAGCACAGAAACGCAAUCCGUGGCUGCGCCGCUGAUCAGCGCAUCGAUUGCUUUUAAUUAGGAGUCUCUCUUAAAGUUGCGGUUGUGGUAGCUUCGACAAAACGAACGUUGUUUACGGAACCAGUGGCUUUCUAGUAAAUUCAUUUGCGAAGUUUAUCAGUAGAGUAGAACGACCAUGGUAGAUGUUUCUGUGCAAGCGUACCGCUGCCACAAUGGAUUCGUGCGGCGUGAUUCAACUGGAGGAGUACGAACAAGCGAUGCGUGGUCAGAGUAUUCCUCGGAGAUUAGCUGUGGCCAAAUGUAUUAUAGUGUGGAUUUUAGUCGGCUUCCAGCUGACGUACGGAGACCAGGUACACCAUGUAUAAUAUUCUGGCAGUUUAUUUUUUGUCAACAUUCUGGUCGAAGUACCACAGCCAGAAACAAAGUUCACAAAUCCUACGCCUUUGUCAGAAAUUUGAAGCCUUUUCUACCCAAUAUCUGAUGUAAAAUAGCUCUUAAUGCUGUCAAACUUGCAGAUGAUUAAGUAUCAGCUUUUCCAAAGUUGAGUUGGAAUCGGGUGUGUUUUUUUCUACAAGGUCUAUGGCUUAUGUGUUUUCUAGUGGCCCUGAGCAGUUACGAUGAUGUCAACACGAACACUCGUUCUGGUACACUGUGCACAAUCACGAUGGUUGUAUUUCAUUCACAACUAACGUUACUUGCGAAUCAUUACAGUUGUUCUCUUUAUCCACGUAUUCGCAAAAAGAGUUUCUUUCUCGUGAAAAGAGUUCAC